UGGGCUCUUCAGGAACAGUACUUGACGUCUCUCUCUCUCUCUGAAAAGAAAAUUUCAGUUCUGAAAACACUCUCAGUGGAAUUCCACAAAUGGGCACCAUCGAUGCGUUUGCGGAGAUUUUCGGCAGAGAGACAGGUUUAUCUCGCCCCAGAUGCUUCGCUCGCCGCUUCUCUGCUUCCGAGGUUAUUGUGAAGAGAAUAAAUCUUUGUGGGAAGUUAAAUGGUCACAAGGGGUGCGUGAAUACAGUAGAAUUCAACUCCAGCGGUGAUCUCCUUGUGUCUGGUUCUGAUGAUCGACAAGUUUUGUUUUGGGAUUGGGCAACUAAAACUAGAAGAUUAUCUUAUCCUUCUGGCCAUUCUGACAACAUUUUCCAAGCCAAAAUCAUGCCUUUUUCUGAUGAUCGUAAAAUAGUUACUUCUUCUGGAGAUGGCCAGAUAAGGCUCGGUCAGAUUUCGGAGGAUGGUCAAGUGGAUACAAAAAGGUUGGGGAGGCACCAAGGCCGUGUGUUCAAGCUUGCUGUAGAGCCAGGAAGUUCCAAUAUAUUUUACAGUUGUGGUGAAGAUGGUUUUGUUCAACAUUUUGAUCUGCGAAGUAAUUUUGCUACAAAGCUUUUGUGUUGCACUUCAUUGACAGAAACCGGUCAGCAGCUUGGAAACAACAUAAGUUUGAAUGCCAUUGUAAUAGACCCGAGAAAUCCACAUUACUUGGCUGUAGGAGGUGAUGAUGAGUUUGCUCUUGUGUAUGAUAUACGAAAAUGCUGGCGGGAUGCGUCAAGCAAUUUGGAUAAACCGGUUAAUACAUUCUGCCCUCGUCACCUGAUCGAGGCCAACAAUGUUCAUAUCACAGGCUUGGCUUACUCUUGCACGAGUGAACUACUCGUCUCUUACAAUGAUGAGCACAUUUAUCUGUUCCAAAAGAAUAUGGGAUUGGGCCCAACACCGCCUUCUGCCUCAUUUGAGGAUACUCAAGAAUUAGAGGAGCCACAAGUUUACCAGGGUCAUAGGAAUGCACAAACAGUUAAAGGUGUGAGUUUCUUUGGCCCAGGUGAUGAAUACGUCUUGAGCGGAUCUGACUGUGGCCAUAUAUUUGUUUGGAGGAAGAAGGGAGGUAAGCUCAUACGCCUAAUGAUAGGCGACCGCCGUGUUGUGAACCAACUCGAGCCCCAUCCCCAUAUGCCCAUUUUUGCAACAUGUGGGAUCGAAAGCAGUGUUAAAAUAUGGGCUCCUACGCCAACUGAUGCUCCUCCACUUCCAACCAAUGUAGAAAAGGUUAUGGAGUCCAAUAAGCGGGGAAGAGAGGAUCAAGCGCGUGUGAUUCUCACACCUGAUGUGAUAAUGCACGUAUUGCGCCUGCAGCGACGGCAAGCCAUGGCAUUUGUUGAAAGGAGAUACAGCAGAGCUGAUAUUGAGAGUAGUGAUGAAGAAAAUGGAGGUCCUUCUGUUAUAGGAUCCUCGGAUGGCAAUGCUUCUCUUGAAGAGGAUUCGGCAGAAAAUAUUAGAGAGUGUAACAUUACCUAGAUAUAAGUAACUUGUUAGUAAACAAGAACACAAAGGGCUUUCGUAUGUACCUAGUAGUUAUAUAAAGGCAAGUCUUGGUUCUUGGAUUGGAAAUUAUCAUUGGCUUAAAUUUUGGUCAUGUUUUACAAAUAAGGAGGAAAAAAAGACGAAAACGUAGCUC